UAUGUAAGCAGCGAUUCUCUCAGCAGUUUGUAGAAGUCAGGCUAGGAUGGAUAGCCGAGUGUAACUAAAAAAGUUUGCGGACAUCUACAGAAAAUGCCAGUAGAGAUCGCCUGCUGCAGUGCCACCGUACUUAUAGAGAACCCGUGGCUGAGUGGUUGGCGAUCACGUUUAUUGGGAUUGCGAUGAGUCAGACAUAUAAUGAACCAAGGUAGAUUUCGGAGAGAUGGUUGCAUUAGUGGUGCUGCCUACAGUGUUCCAAGAAAUUAUAAACCUGUGUUUUUUAUUUCAGACAUCAGGACUCAAUUCGAAGCACAGUACAUGUUCAAACGUCGCUCGUCUAAUCCUGGAGGUUCGAUCUGAUUGAUCGCGGAUUUAGAUCAUUAGCAAAUGAAAAUCUCAAUUUGUUUAAACCAUUCAACAGAUAGUAAUGAGGGAAAUGGAAGCUGAUGGUUUCAAAGCAAGAAUUCAUAGUCAUAAACCAUACAGGGAGCACAUCUAUGAAAAAAAACAUUUUGAAUUCGAUCUCAUGGUCAAAAGAGUUUUAGAAGUUCUCGGAAUGCGAACUAGUAAAACAUGUUUUCCCUUAAUCCGUGUAUUAUUCAGACGUUCGGUAUUUACUCUGUAUAUUUGGUCUUUUUAAUGAACACGGCAAUCAAAUAUAUUGAACGAAAAAUCCCAGCAUUUGUUCCAUUUGUCUGACAUUCCUGUUAUUAUACCUUCCUGAAAGUCAUAGCAUUUAUUUACUGAAUACGAUAAUACACAUCUAUCUGCGGAACUCAGCUGUGCAUGCAAAUUGCACAGUGUGCUACCCAAAUCGCCGAAAUAAAAGGAUGCCGGUCUUUGAACUCAACCAUAGAGCAUACCACCCUUUUGGUUGGGUCAAACAGCAAAUGAGCGGGAGGGGUUUCGCCUGAAUAAGCAUCAAAAGCAAAUGUUGUACAUAGUUCAUUUUAAUAAGAAAAGAAAGUAGCUCAAUGUAGAAUGCGUUUAGUUAUUUGGAAGUCUGGACGGUUUCAACCCGACUAUGUCAGGGAAACUUAGCUCUGCUCCCAUGACUUAUGAGUGGUUGACUUUAAAAUCUGUUCAUAAAAUAAACAUUGGCACAGACUUUUAUCGCCAGGUUAAAGAAAUAUGCCUUUUUAUUGAAACUAUUCGCUUUAAAUUGCUGAUGUUAUGAGAGCAUAACUCUGACAAAUAAAUCCUAAAAUAUAUCCUAUUCCGAGGCUAGCGACGAUAUAUUUUGAGUUUCAGUUGUUAAGGGUAUUAACAUGUAAGAAGUCAUGACCAAAUUUUUCCUUAAGGUAGUAAGUGCUGUCGAAACAAGCGAACUUUCUAUGCCAUAUUUUCUUGCGUUUAAAAGGCGUAUAACCUAUACGACCACCCUUUUUAAGGGUGUUAGCAAUUAUAUUGAAGUGACUUUCGCCUAUGCAAGCCUAUUACAAAAAUAAAAUUGGCGUUUUCGUUUCAUCUUGAAAGUCGACGUCCAGAGUUCAUGCGGAUAAUUGCACAACAACAGCAAUCAGUAAUUGAAAAGUAGCCCUGUAGUCUAUAUGGCAAGAGCGCCUGACUUAACUGAUCUGUAACAGACAGCACAGGAUUCCAACACUGAGUUUUCCGUCACCGACGGUGGGCGAUGACUGUUUUUUCGAAGUUUAAGUAAUCUGCUUAGUCAGAGAAUUUCAUGCGGAGUUCUAUUAGCAUUGUCCACGUAUUACUAGAGUAAGCCGCAAAAAGAAAAUAAUGGACGCAAUCUAUAAGUAUUUUCUUGGGGAAGAGAGAGCAUUCAAGCGAGUUCAAAAUUCGCCACAGGCAAACGUACAUCUCGUAUUACUUGAUGCCUGACGUGAUUCCGGAUUUCCACUGAAAGUCGCACAAUUAUAUCAGGGUAGAUUACUCAUAUGAAGCACGAAUUACCCUUCAACCUAAGUGCGACAUUGCAAGUUACAUCUUUCCGUGUAGGUCGCAUCGCUGUUUUGAUCUCACUUUCACGUUAUUUUUAACGUGAAUAUUUAAUCUAAUGUUACCUAGGCCGUUAUCUUUGCAGUAUAAGGUAUUUGAAGGUUUUGUUAUACUGAAAAAUCGCCGGUCCGCCUGAGUAUGGCCCAGAUAGUAACAUCGUAAAGCCUGGUCAGUUAACCUGCUUGCGACAUUAAUUUCGCUUGUCUAAUGUAUCCCUUGUGCCACUUUUCCUUUUGCCUGGAAGCAUUUAUUCAGUCGUGACGUCCUUAACAUGAGGAGUCAUAAGUGACGGGAGAUCGAAAGAAAUGCCAAAAAUACAAAAGUCCUAUCUUUGGAAAACGGGGUCUGUCAGAGUGCUAAAGCGCAUUGGUGGCAGGAAAAAGACGACGUUAAGACAAGUGGGUAAAUUUCAAAUUUUUAUUAUUCAGUUUGUUUUAUGCGAUCGGUCUGCUCUCCGCUAAGAAGCGGUAGAAAACGUUACGUCAGCUUAUUUCUCCCUUAUUAAGUCUCUUAGCUGAGUCACCGGUCAUCUGAAAAGUAGGCGGCAUGGCCUUGAGCUUUUAAAUGGCCGCAUUCAUGACAAUGUCAUGAAUUAAGUGGGCAUCGCGUGCACCGAUGUCUUAUAAUAAAUUAAACCUUGCGGAGUAAGAUAAGUUGAGCUACGUUUUGGUUUCACUAAAGUUAAACAGAUAGUGCAUUGAUUUGGAAGUAAGGGUUGACCAUAUUAUCUGGCCCCGAUAAUUCGACGUAGCAAUAAAUGUGACCUAUAUUGUUGGUUUGCCACGUUGCAGUUUGUGCACACAUAACAUUUUUUAACCAACUUCGGUUAAAAUGUACAACCUGAGCAGGAGAACUGUCCCAUGUUUUUUCUUUUUUCAACUUCUCAAGAAGGUCGCUUCACCUAUUACGUGAGAGUCUGUAAGGAACCUUAUCACGCGGCAGGGCUCAGUGUCAAAAAAGCUGAAGUUUUAAUGCAAUACAUCAACAGUCUCGUUUAAUAUGAAAGAAUAGCGGACUAAGUUAUUCUUUUGUGGGGAAAUAUCGGAAGUUUUGUUUUGCAAAACUUUAUUGACUUCAACAUUUCACUGCAAGAAGGCCACUGAAAAUCAAGUCAUUUACCUCCGCAUAACAGCGACCAAUAGGGGCGAAGAACAAAAAAUAUACAUGUCUAAAAUGCGAAAAAUAGGUUACGUACAAAAAAAUUGCCAGCCACGCUGUGCUCUUUAACAGAUUGCCGCUAGGCAUUAUAAGGGUGGACAUAUCCAGCAGGUCUAUGUUUGACAGUUUUCAUCAGCAUUGGCAUCACUUUGAUGAUCACUAUUUUUACACAUCCGUCAUUGAUGUGCUGAUACCUAUUCUGUAUGAAUUUGUUGGAGUCGAAGGGCAUUUGACCCUUAUUUUGUAUGGCGACUGUCUUGUUACAUCUAAUACUUAUCGUUCCUGUUAUAUGGAAGUGAUGUUCGCUGAUGGCCUAUGCUAUUCUUGACUCGCCAGUAGGCAGAUGGUUUUACAUCGUUAUAUGCAUGUUCGCAUGUGUGUCGCAGACAUUAUUUUAAAUAAAUGCACUUGAUAAACUCUCAGACAAAAUGUGAAUUUUGUAAACCAAGAUUAUUUAUGCUGAUCGAGCAGUUUGACAUGGUUCUGGAGCAAUGGCUCCAAUUAAUCCACAGACGGCAAUAAAUGGACGACGAGCAGGACGGAAGUGGCAGUAAAAAUUAAAAGGACAAGAAGAUAUAGAAGAAGAACGAGGGGAGAAAAAGGCGAAGGAAAAAAGUCGAAAGAAUUUCAGAAGAAGAAAAAAGAUGGCGAAAGAACAUGCGAAGAACUAGAACAAAAAUGAAAACGUCAACCUGUCAAAAAACAGAAAAGGGCACAGAGAUCGGCAAUAAAAAUGCUAAAGCACGGAGAACGAUGAUGUAAGCGUUGAGAAAAAAUAGCUGUGCUCCGAAGAAAAGAAUAGGAGGAUAGAUAAAGGCUAAGGUGCAGCAGGAAGAGGAAAAUUAGGAUGAAGAAUGGGGACGAAGAAUUGGAUAGUGUAGGGAAAAACGAUUGAGUGCACUCAAGAAAUAUCUUAGGAACAGAGAAAACGACAAUCAUAAAACGAAAGGUAUUCUCGUAAUACCUGUCUAUGAAUAAAUCCCAUAUGUUCACACAGUCAGAAUCCGGGAGUACACAGCAUGAGCGAACACUACCCUAAAGCGAGGCGAUGGCAGUUACUUUUCAGAAUUCUGUCCCAAGACCAUUUCUUCGAAGGAUCACACAGGAACUAAUCAGAAGUGCGUGACCGUCGUCGUCAUAGUUUAUUAGUGCUUAUUCCAAAAGAAAUAUGGUUACAGUUAUUCUAACUCAAACAUAAACAUUUCGGGCUGAACAAGCCCACCGUACGUUUAACAUUCUCAAUCGAGAGAUUUUCCGCGGACUGCAUCACCGUCUACUUUAUAACACGCCGAGUUCACCAUAGCAACAGAGGACAAUAAUCAGUCAGUCUCCGGAUGCCCCGUUUAUCUUAAGACUAAAUCGGAUAAAAAUGACAACCUAGACGGCCUUUUGGGAUACAAUUCAGAGCCCGUGAUAUUACAGCAAACACCCGUUGUGUCACAUAUGCGGCCGUGUGAGAAGUUACUGUAAGAGAGCAGAAAGGCUCUGACGGAAUGCAAUUACGUCGGUUGCCUCUUCAUGGCAAAUGGUACCCUCACAUUUUUCCAAACUUGACAGGAAGUCCGGAUAAAACCAACCAGCACUGGAAAACAACCAAAAGUUUGGCGGAUGCCCGCAUGUAUGGCCAACUUUUGAGGCGGUGGCACGCAUCCUACAUCUUUUGGAUUUUGGCGAGUUCCACAGGCUAAAAGCUACAACCGAACAUUCGAUUUUGGGAUUAAAGGCCACCCGGCAACUAAUCAGAGCAAUAAAAAUGGCCUGUCAAUUCCAGUGCGGAUCACAAUGAGUGGAUCCGCUAGAGAAGCAAUAAAACGAUUACGCACUGACAUAAGGGAAAGCGGCAAUAUAAUAAGGAGAAUAGAACGUUUUCUCAGAUGACCGGAAAAUACGCAGUCUCUCGGCACUCGCAGUGUUCCAGGGCGCUGGGUUUCUCAGUCGAGGGUGAUAACAGGGUAUAACGAAAUGCACUGGAGACCUGGCACAUAAAGUGGGCUUAUUAUUGGUGACUUGUGCGUAAAUCAGUUUUUAGUGAUACAGGCUUGUGCAGUAUCUACCGCACCUUCCCGUUCCUUACCCGCUGAUCUCCAAUGGCGGGACAAUUUCAAAACGGCCUGUACUUGGUUUGGGCGACCGAAAGCGUGUUAGGGCAGAGAACCAGACGAAGUCAGAUAGUCCGUCUACGCGUGCCACACACAACAUGGCUCCCAUGCCCAGUGCUAGGUUUUCAUGAAAUAGAGAGUGCCUCGUAUCUCACUUUCGUGGAGUAUCAAAGCUGCUGCAUUUAGGAGAAGCCAUUAAACGCGACUAUCAGUCCAUAUAUACACACAACACUGACUGCAAAAACCGUGUUAUCCGUUUGGUUGGCAGUCUUUAGAGCCACGGCUUCCAGCACGUCUUGAUAGUUUAACUGGGCGCCAGGCUUAUCAGUGUGAGGGACAUACUAAUGUCUCAUGUUAAUGAGUCCCUCAGAGCCGGUCCCAGUCACUCUUCUGUCUUGCUUGCACCGACCAACUAUUCAAGUCGGCCAGACAUCUGGCGGUGGGUUGAACAGUCCCUCCACGCAUGCCGCACACGACCGGAUUAGCCAUCAGGUUACACCAGAGAACGUAAUUCCUACUAAUAUUGGCGGUGUGUGUUUUGCCCGCGUGGCAGUUGUUGUGAGACGGGCUCGUGUGCAGUGCAUAGGCCGGUGGGACCAUGUCUCUCAUGUCUGUACUAGAGAGCAUUUGGGCGAAAAGGUCCCACGCGUUGACAGAAGGCCCUUUACGAUGCGAGCAGGUAAAUUGAGUGCAAGCGACAGAGAUUAUUUUUUCCUGCAACAGUACGCCAGUCUGAUUCCGGUGCACUCGCAAGUGCGCGAUUAAGUCGAUAUACAACAUAAAUGUACGAGGGUAGUGGGAACAGAGUAUGAUUGUGUUAGUGAGCUGGCGGUGUGACAGUGCUACUUUAAGUGAAGGUGGUAAAGGGGUUUUUAGCUGCAGGAGGUCGGUUUCGCGUGAUGGCAUUGAGGUAAAUUCCCUGUCAUAUAUGCACACACAGAAACUCAAGCCCGUUCGCCGUCAGAAUGUCCUGGGGCAUUGUAACCUCAUAAGAUGAUUAGUAUGCUGGUAAGAUGUAAGAAGGGUUGGCCGUGUUUCGUUGCAAUGUGCCCGUAAAAUUUCGACGAGGACGAUCUGUGCUUGAAAAAUCCGCGGACAAUGUGAACACGACGUCAGGUGUCGAGUACUGAUGUCACUACUUCGUAGCACCUGAGAAUUGCGGGCUUCGCUCGUUGCAGUAACAAAAACUGUUUGUUUGGUCUUGAAGACAGCUACUCCUAUCUUUAAGAUACUGCGCUACGCCAGUUGGUCUUGACUUAGGUACCUUCACUUUUCUGGAUUGAUUUCCAGAUGCUUGAGCAUGAUCUUCAAGGUUUUCGUGUAGCGACAUAUCCUAUGUGGGUUAGCGCGCAGUCAUCCGCGCCAAGUGGAUCGUGAGCGCUGCCCUUUGAUACUCUACAAGGUACCUUCAGACGACGACCUUGAACAAUUUUCCAUCGGUUCACUAAUUCAUGCCGACCAGUGACCGCUCCUUACGGUAGGGGCCUAUCAACAUGGUGAAGUAUAUGAGGCUGAGUAGAAUGAGAGUGCGUAUGCAGCCUUGCUUUACCCCAUCUGUCAUUAUGAAUGGUUCAGAAACUUCCCGUUGUCCAGGACGCGAGGCAUCGAUCGUCGUGAGGUUGACGUACUAUUUGAAUCCGUUGCCAACGGCAUUCGAAUUUCAGCAUGUUCUCCAGCUUUUGUCGCAAUUCACUUUGUUGAAGAUCUUCGUCGGAUUGGCGAAGGCGAUGAAGUGGUUUUUCCUCAUUUUCUGACGCCCUUCCUUCAGUUGGCAUAUAUGAAAAUCCAACCUUUUGUUUUGCGGUGUUCUGGGAUCCUGAUAAAUGUUCAACCGAUUGAGCAGAACACGGACGAAGAUUUUCCUAUGGUGUUGAGAAGGGAGAUGCCUCUGUGGUUAUCCCAAGUUGCCGAUUCCUCUCGUGUAUGUAGCUGUGCACGAUGAGGGCUCUCCUGAAGCCCUGAAAGAUGAGUUCUUUUAUCCACAUCUACUGGAAGGCGAGGCUAGCUUUUCAUGAGUAGCGGACCAUCAUAAUUGCACACUUUAACAAAAAUGGCGUCUGUUCCUCAUGCUUUUCCACUAAGCAACCGUUGUACUGCUCUGCUUAUCUGAUGGAGAGAAGGCUGAUUCUCGAGGCGGUCGAUGGUGUCCAAUUGAGGAAGUUGGUUAAUGGUUUCUUCGCAUAAUGUGACCGGGUGGUUAUAGGCGACCUGGGGGUGUGCAAGUCAACGCUCCGGGAUCUGUGGCUUCUGCGUCAGAAGCUUUGUUCCAUCCUGGCUCGACAGUUGUUCAGUCUCUUUGACCUGUUGUCCGUACACUGUUUUGAUGCCAAUGAAGAAAUUCUGCAUUUCACCACUGUCUAAAUUUCCCGUAUAUUCCUAGCUUUGCAAGUAAGUUAGUCGUUUUGAAACUCCCUCAGCUUUCGUUAUGCUAGCCGUUGGUACAGAAGGUAUAUGACUUUAUUCGCGUUGUUGUUGUCAAUGGUAUUAACUGCAUGUAGAAAGUCUUUCUCGGGUGCUGAGUGCUGAUUACUUCGUCCUUGUCAUCAAACCCAUUCUAGUGCUAGCAGUUUGCGCGACCGACGGUUUUUAUCGUGGUGGCCUAAACUAUAUCCGCCAACUCCCUCAAAUGGGUUUUGACAUGUUUAUGGACCUCCAGGAUUUGCCUUUUUCCAACCUGGAAUUCAUGCACCUGUUAAGAUACAACUGGCGUUAAGUUGUAUCAAGUAAUCCAGUAUUUAAAUUAUUCGAUGUCGAUUUCUCUCUCGGUGGCCAGCAGGAUUGCAUUUGGAGGCUUAUUUUCGAGAUGGCAAGUCGGUGAUCUAUCCGGUAGUUAUCAUGCCGUGUUAGUUAGAGUUUAAAACCAAGACGUAGUCCAGCAGAGGCCAGCGACAUAAGCGAUGGUUUAUCCACGUCGUCUUCUUCCACAUCGGAAAACGGAAGAUUAUUGUCAAAAGAACAUUAUAUUUCGUUCGGUCGUGCAGGCAGAGGAUAACAUUGCUGUUGUAGGUACCGAUCUCCUGGCGACCAGAAACUCCUUUUUAGGCACCAUGGUCAGUCCACACACGAACAUUGUGGUCCCUAGUGACAGUCAGUAUACCGAUGUCGAUACAGUUGCUAUGAGUGCGUACACGUCUUCGUAGAACUUGUUUCCCACGUCGUCAGAGUUUGUCUUUGAGGAGGUAUAGAUGGUGACGAUCGCGGUGAAUAUUUUGCCUCACAAUGGCAGUCUCAUGAUCGUGAGCAGAUCAUUGAAAUCCUGUGGUAAGUAACUCAUUUAUCGCUCGACGUCGUUCCUGAUGCCAAAGGAGACCCUGGCAUCGCUUCGACCUAUCCUUGGACGUCUGCCCCGAAAAAGGGUACCUAGCGCCCGCAUCGUCAAAUUGACAGUUAUCAGAGAAGCCGGUCUCACUGGAAACUACAAUGCCCUCGUUGCAUCCGGCAAAUUCGCGGACAGUUGUAGCCGUCCUUCUUUUUGGACGGUUUAUCCUCAGAUUGUCUAAAACGGAAAGUAUAAUCCAGACUGGCAGUGUGAGAAGUAUCACUCUGGCAGUCUGUUCAGAAGCAGAGGAAUGAGGACAAAGGCUGUUGUUUUUUGUACUUUUUCGAUCGCAAUUUCCGAUUCCGCUAUCUAGAGUUAACUGGUCGACCGCAUAUUUUGCCAUCGAAUUUAGGGCGCCACGUCUAGUCCCUGAGGUGGAAUAAGUUGUUCUAUCCCUAAAUAGGGCUGUUUAGGAAACCAGGUGGCUGUCUAAUUCCUACGUUGCUAACGAUUUUUAUUAAUUGGGAAGACGACGCUAGUAAGCCAGCACGGACUAUGGGAUUGCAUGUCGCGCUCUCUGUAGGACCCAUUUUAAUUAGAGUGGGACGAGAUUUUUGGAAUUAGUUCGACGACUAUCGGAUAUAAAAAUAAACUGCAGUUUGACCAUCUUGACUCACGGUGUCCACCGUGUGCUCUACAGCAAGCUGGGAGCAGGCACAGUGAAUUGCGAGUGAUUUCUUUUAAGGCGAUAGUAGAUUUGUGCAGCACCUGUCGUAUUCUCUUUUCCUCCCCACCGGAGGCAGUUGUCAAGAUGGCGCGGCCGGAGCCACCCAUAGGCGUGCCGUUACAUUUAACUCGGAUCAUACGAAGUGGGAAUGCCAUAGAGGCCACAUUAAGAAAGAGCCAUUGCAGCCUAAUUGACAGUGCGUCAGUCGGUCACUCCGAACAAAAACACAUUGGGUUGACUGCGAGGUCCAAGUUUGCUAAUAAGUUCGCAACUUUCCAAGUAAUGGUUUUUAACGCGCCGUGAUGGCUUCAAACGCGUCAGAUUGUUUGUAGUAAUAAAAAUGCGCCGAGUCACCGACCUCAUUAUCUAUUCCCGUUCCUAGGGCCCAGCCACUGUCCGAGCCGGUCACUUGUCUGGUGCGGGGAAAAGGCAUAGUGGCGGCCAGAUCUGUUGAACUUACCUGCGCGUGACACAUGUAUGACCUGCUCCCCCCUCCCCCAAACUCACACCAGUAUUUCACAAAAAAGGCGGAUCUUACAUGCAGCAGAGGAACCACAGGGAGAAAUGGGGUGAGAAGCACACUUUCCCUUGCGUGAGAGAUGUCGGCGAUGUGGGAUUUCGGAGGGGUGAAGGCAUGGUGCAUGUGUUGAUGGGGAAAUCUGUGAUGAUGUGGUCGUAUCUGUGGUGAUUUAUCGUAGUUUUUCAUGGAUGUGCAUGUGACCAAGGAAGUCCAUUGGUGCUCGAAAGUCCGAGGGCGAUGACGACAGGUAAGGCAAUUUCGGAGUGUAUGUUGCUGCCCUAGGCACUGGUUCGCUAAUCUCUGUGCGCUGGGUUCACAUUUGACUGACCAGAUCGAUGCUUGAAGUGAAUGCGUGGUGGCAGUGUGGGCAGGAUAGAUCGAGAGCCGCAGAGUCAGCUUCGAUGGUGUUGGUGCUGCCGCCGCUACUGCUAGUUGUAGGCGCGAUGGGCGAUGCGGUGUGGAAUGGGCUGGGCAUGAUGGGUAUAAAAAGUGUGCUAGGUUUGGAUACUGCAGUGAUUUCCGUUGUCGUGGAGAUGCAUGUGACUGAAUAGGCCUAUUCGGUGAAUGAAUAUGCGGCGUCACAGAGGGUAGGUGUUGGGGCAUGUUAGUGCUCCAGACAUUGAUUUACCAGUCCCUGCGCGAUGGGUUCGCGAGUGACGGACUAGGCCAAUUCGUGAGGUGAAUGUGCAAUUGCGAUGACGACAGGUUGGGGCUGAGUCCGCAACACUGGGGGUGGGGGUUUCGAUGGUGAUGGUAGUAGAUGAUGGGAGGUCGGGCGUCGUCUCAUUGGUGGGAUGGAGUGCGAGAGGUUGUGGUGUUGGCGGAGCUGAUUGCUGUGGUCGACGCAAAGUUUGGGGCAGUGGGAAUGAUGACAGCGAUCGAUGGCGGCGGGGCGUCGGCAGUGUGGUCAUUGGUGACGUGGCGUUUGAGGCAGGGGUGACAGUGGGGGUGUUAGCAGAAGGAGAAAUUGAUACCGCCGGAUUGUUGUUGUAUUGCUCUCGAAGGUGUCUUACAAAGCCAAGCCGGGCGCGGAAUAUGCGUUGGCAGCGGAAACAUGCUGGAUGCGGCUGGCUGUUAGCAUUCUGGAGUAGAGGCAUUUGUGAUUUACGAGCGGCCCUCUUGGUUUCAGUGGCUGCGAUCCGGUUUGCUUCGCAGAUUGCUGUUCCAGUCUUAACUGCAGCUCUCCAGGCUGGCCGGUUUUGUGCGAGAUCUUCCCAAGUCUUCAGGUUAAUAUGCAGACCCUUCAUGGAGUUUUUCAAGGUAUUCUUGUAGCGGCGUGUUUGACCUCCUUUGCAACGAAAACCCUUGGCGGCAUUAUAAUAGACGAAUUUUUGGUCAACGUGUAUCUCCUAUCCUCACAAGAUGGCCUCACCAACGUAGCUUCAGUCGCCUCAGCAUGACAUGGAUGCGAGGAGUCCUGUCUGCUCCAGAACUUCCGUGUCCGGAAUCCUAUCUUGAUCAAUCAGCUUGAUUAUCCAUCGGAGACAACUUAGGUGGGAACGAUUGGGCUUCUGCGCUUCUUUCACGUAGACUUCCCACGUAGAUUCCGUCAAAAUGACAGAUAUAUACAUUGCUAAUAGAAGCGAAGAUGCGCGUCCCCGGACAUAAAUCAGAAGAAAAGGCGAUCUCGGGAACCAUAGUUUUACCGUCCUGACGUUAUCGCGCCCCACAGUAUUUAUAGGUGGGUGACAGUCAUGCCAAGACGGGCUUUUUUCUCACAUACGAGGUCAGGGUGGCAGGGCGGAAGGGGCGGGGAGGGACUCCUAGAGCGUCUUCUCGCCGGAUGAAUGGGGGGGGGGCGGUGGAUCAGCUUUAGUGGUCAAUAGCGCCUGCACACAGGGGCUAUGGCGGACGGGGGGGAGGGAGGGUGACGGGAAGCGCUCAAUCUACAUGGGGGGCCGGCGUUGAGACGUUGGUGGUCGUCGCCCGUACCUUCAUCGAUCUUAACUGUCGUCCAAGGCUGGCAAUCUUGUUUACGCCGCAACGACUGUCCGUUUUCUCGUCCGCCGGACUAGUAGAUGGAACGGCUGUGGUGACGACUGCGCCUUCGUCGUAAAAACUAUGGUUCCUGAGAUCGCCUUUUCUUCUGAGAUAUGUACAUUUAUAGCUUCGUGUUGAGACGAAGGUCGUGGCGAUUCCACACGGCGUUUUGCAGCCGGUCGAAGGCUUGGCUAGCUUUGGAGAUCCGGUAGGCCACUUCAUCAUCCAUUUUUAUGCAGCGAGAGAGUGAGCUACCUAGUAGGUGAAAUUAUCCACGGCUUGCAGUUGGGCGUCAUUUACGUUGAUUUGGUGUGCAUUGCGGGCAGCUUCGGUUGGCGGUUGAUGCAUAACCACCGUUUUCUCUUUGUUGUUGCAGGUGGUGGCGAAGAAGCCAUGCCCCUUUGCAUGUCCACUUCUGUAAUUGCGUCGAGAGCGCAGCCGUCGGCAGAUGGACGGUAGUCGUGGAUACGCGCGACUGGCAGUGUAUCCGCUGGUGAUUGAGGAGUCGGUCGUCCGUGACUUGUGACUUUUGUAUUGUCGCCGUCGCCGGAGGGAUCGUCCUCUUUGUAUUCAAUGUCCCGAACCGUCACAUAUGCAUAGGUAAAAUUCAAGACAUUAUCAAGACCGGCUAGAGCAGGCAUGGCCAGAGCUUUAGCAAGUGAGAAAGCAGACGUAGAAAAUAGCUAAUACUACACUUAGCCCUAGUUUAUAACUUAAGGACUCCACUUUACCCCACAAUCAGUGCUAGAAGGUUUCAGCAUGGAUAAGCGAUCGCCCCCGGAGUUGCCCCCUAAAACAAACUCGCUAUCGGGACAUAAUUCAUAAGUAUCUGAAAAGCUACGCAUUUAGUGUAUCUUUGUGCCCCGGCUGCUCCUCUGCAAGCGUUAUGGUGGGUUAUGUGCAGAGCAAAACAGGCUAUUGAAUUAUUAAUGGCGCGUUUCAUCACGACAAGUCCGUUUUUGCCUUGUUGGAAGUAUGAUCACUCGUCAAGCAAAUCAGUGCAAACGAUGCGUCAUGCUUAAGUUCCUUCGAGUUAUAUCAGGCCACAGCAUUUCAUCCGCACCCCACAAAGCGAAACGGUAGGAAUCACGCUGCAACACUGUGCCCAUCGGAGCAGUCUCCAAAUAAACUGAGGAAUCAUAUGAGGGAAUCACAGUUACUUGACACACUUCUAGUGAACUUGGAAUAACACACAAACCUCAUGUUCUUUUGCAAUACCAAAAAAGCUCUGCAAAUUUCAAAAGCCAGCAGUAACUCUAAUAAUUUUGCAUACUUUACGUCGUACGAGAGUAUGUGAAGAAGAAAGCAUUCACAUCGACCUAAAGCAAAACCCCCGAUCGGUUAGAAAGACUGGUCGCGAAGCAACGGUUUGGGAAAUUACAGAGGUGGGAUGAAUACUGCCAAAGGUCGGCAACAUGGUCAAAACUGUCGCUGAUCUGAUGCGGUUUCUUCCAUGUGGUACAAUCCACAAACUUGAAACAACAAUAUCGGGCCGUAGUAAUGGGACAUAAGACUCUCCUUUCCAGAGACGAGACUCCAAAGCUAUUCACGUGAAAAGAGUUGCGUCGCAGAUACCUAUAGGGGAUCCCGAACAUAUGUGAAGAAUAAUGUGGCUUCGAGAAGUACUAAGCAGUCGACCUUGGCUGUGGGAAAUUUUACGCCGCCUGGCAUAUAUUGUUCUUUAAGCAUCUGACUGCUUUUAAUCGAAUUUGAUGUGUUCUGGCAUCCUUUAAUAGCUGUGCGGCCCUGCUAUUGCUGUUGAAAGUCCAUGAGCUCAUUUUUCAAACUCAAAAUGCAAUGCUCAAGCCCCAUGAAUAACAUACUCAGAUCAGAUACCGAAACUGGCCAUAAUAGCUAGUCUAUUAGGAAGCUCCAUGUGCAUUGAUAAUAUUGUCGAAAUUCGCGGCAGUCAGCUAGAUCUUCUACCGGUGCGAUAAAUUUGGUAUUUUAAGAGAAACCAUUUCAAUUAUUUAUCGAUUUAGUCUAUUGCACAAUGUCAGACAUCAUUCCUAAAAUCAAACUAUCUAUCCAAAAAUCAGUAAGGACAAUGUAUCAGCACAAACAGGAGCAUUGAAAACUUCAUUUCGUUCUAAUCGUUUUUAAAUGAAGGAAUCGAGGUCAUAGUAAAAUGUAAGAACAAUGGGAUAGCUUUGUCUCUUACUUCAUGCUUACUUAAACAAAAGAUUUAGUAUGUUAGAUAGUCAUUUAUCCCACCUGUACAUGCUUAUGCUUGUGAGCGAAUAAACGCAUAUCAUUCAUGGGAUGUGCUAUUUUACUUAUUUGGGAUGCAUUGCGCAAUCACACAUGCCAGGCACCAAUGGCUUAUAUCCGGCUUCUGUGGGCAAUUGAGCAUUAUGUUCCAAAGCUCUAUCCAGUUAACCUACCAAGCCUGCCUUCUGCCUGAUGAACUAGUGAAUGUGUGAAUUCAAUUGAGAGAUAUGGUUACCGAGUCAUGCAGUUACGGCACUUAAGUGGCCAUUUCCGGAGUGCCUUCAUUUAUCAUUAAUCGAAAAAGCAACACAUAUAUCCACUUCCGUCAAAUAGACAGGAGAACCCACCGAAUGUCGAUGUCUUAUGAUUUUAGGAACAGUUAGCGUUACCUGGCUCUACUUGCAGUACUAGAAGUGUGCUAUCUGUGGACAGGACAGUCGGUUGCGUAGUGAGUAAAUAUGUCUGCUUGCUUAAUAAUGUCAUCAAUAAAUCUUUUUGUAUUCUAGCAUCAGAUUGUUAAGUACUUUCCCAGGUGGACAGUUGUAUGUUCAUAUAAUGGCAUGUAUUACACUCCUUACAAAUGAAGUUAUUUGCAGUUUAUGGGACGGAGAUCCUUUUGAAGAUAUUUGAACUCUAAAAAGUAGAUAGGGCGCGGUUUAUAAUGGUAUGCAGAGAAAUUGGAAGAAAAUGAAGAUUAAUAAAGCAGGAGUGAAAGUUAUAUGACCCUUCGUUAAAAAUGAGCACUGGAAGCCUUUAGAACUGUUCCGUACUGGUGUUGAAUGUCAGCGAAAUCGUCUGUUAGAAGCCAUAUUUUGUCAUCUUGAAAUUGAGUAUAUACUUGUAAGUUGGCGUGAUCGAAAGCCAGAGAGUCUCAAAUAGAUUUUUUCCACGAGUUAGGGUCAAAAAUCUGCGUCGCAGCAACAGAUAUUCUGCAAACAAUUUACUCCAAGUGAGGUCAGGUUUUCUGGUUGACUGUCUUUUGGAAGCGUUGAAAGAUCAUCACCUGUAUGUUUCUUAUCAAGUUUCACUAAUCAUUUGUUUCACAGUGAUCGUCUAGCCUACGUUUUCAAGGCACUUUAUCUCCACGUAUUUCAAUCAAUCAUAAGUGGCGAUUGGCUGAGAUCUUUUAGCGGUAUGUGUGCAUCUGGUGCAAGCAAAAACCGUUUGUGGCCGAAUUAAUUAGCAAGUGAAAUAACUCUUAAAUUCAAAAAUUUACUUCUGUUCUCUCCUUUGUACCACAAUUGUUAGGGAGCAGUAGUCCGAAGAUCGGGAAUCCGCUUUGACGAGCGGCAUCCUAAAGGAUUUUAUAUGACUUUUUAGACGAGUGGUUCAUUUGGUAACUCCAACGUCAUACUAAGUCUACACCUUUGAUUCACGUCCCCAAACUUCACCUAUAUGAAUUCCACGCACUCACAGAGGUUUAUUUUUCCUCUUUUAAUUGCCAAUUGAAGUACCUAGUCCAAUCUUACCGCAGAUCAUCUGGAUCACCAUACACUGUUAAAGCAUGCUGGUGCCUGUAAAUAUGUUUACGUUUUGUGCGUUCCACAAAUAGUCUGCUCUGCCGUUUUUACCUUCAGCGUAGUCAUCUGAAGGCAUGCUUGGUAAGUAAGUAGCAUAUUAUUGUAAUUACUCGAGAUCUAUUUCCAAUUUAUUUUCCCUUAGACGAAGCAGUCUUUUGACCGACCGAACUCGAUUUCUACAGUACUUUCAAGAAACUGUCUACGUGCCAUUAUUCACCAUAUGUCAUUCUGCUUUCCUCCAUGUAAGUCUAGUCAAUCUCAUUCUCUGUUUGUUUCUGUACGUGACAGGACAUCUGACAUAUUACAACAACAUUUACAGGGCCAAAGUGGUAACAAGAAUGAAAAGCGAAAGAUGAAAUGAGAACGGGAACAAUAACGGGGAUGAUAAUGAUAAUGAUCGUAAGAAAAAAAGAGGACGGGAAGAAAUGAUGGAGAUGACGGUGAUGACGACAACGACAAUGACGAUGACGAUGAGGAUGAUGAUGCUGAUGAUGAUGAUGAUGAUGAUGAUGAUGAUGAUGAUGAUGAUGAUGAUGAUGAUGAUGAUGAUGAUGAUGAUGAUGAUGAUGAUGAUGAUGAUGAUGAUGAUGAUGAUGAUGAUGAUGAUGAUGAUGAUGAUGAUGAUGAUGAUGAUGAUGAUGAUCAACUUAGCCAAGGAAACGUUGAAUUAGCCUUCGAUAAAAAUUAA